CAGGUGCUUGGUACUGUCAUGUUGACAGGCGGCUUCUUUGCCUUCAACGGAGCGAGUGUCCUGCUCACACAUCUCAAUCUACCCUUGGCCUACGAACACUUUUCGAUAGCCAUGAUCAACACAGCCAUGGCUGCAUCCGGUGGUGGUGUAUGUGGUACCCUCGUAGCUAUAAUCGUCUACAAGAACUACAACAUAAUGGACAUGAAUAUGAGCAUGCUGGCCGGUUGUGUAUCGUCCUGUGCCGGGUGCAUGUACUACGACGUCUACGGCAGCUUCAUUAUAGGCGUCCUUGCGGCGUUGAUGUACUUUUACACCCGUUUUUUGGUGAACUUUUACCACAUUGACGAUCCGUUGGACGCCAUCGCCUUGCAUGGAGGUGCUGGGUUUGUAGGGGUCAUGUCCGUUGCGUUCUUCGCAAAUGAUGCACAAGAAGGCGUUGUGGGGCUAUUCUAUGGCGGAGGUGGGAGUCUGAUCUACAAACAACUGGUGGGUUGGUUCGCCAUCUGUGGGGUUGCUUUUGUAGCCGGCCUGCUCAUUUUCCUCGUGCCCUAUAAAAUGGGCUGGUUGCGUGUGAGCCACGAACACGAAGUGGAAGGACUGGAUAUGGCCUGUUUUUCGUGCGCAUACCCGGAGGUGCAGGCUAAGGGAGACUUUAUCAAGUUCAGAGAGUUUCUGGCAAGUCAGGAGAUGUACGAGGAUUAUGAUCGCCAUAGGGGUGCGUUUCUGGACUGGAUGGCCCAGGGAAACAGCACUGAAAACGAGAGCAACAUGACUAUACAAGAAUCUUGCGAAAAGUCACCCAUGUCCUUUAGCCAUGCGCCUCUUGCCAGCGGAAGUGGUGUUGAUAUGAUUGAUGAUAACAAUUCCAGCGAUUCUACCGUGCCCAGCACAGUGCACUUGACCUGAUUGCUGAACGGUCCAAGGUACUACAGUUUGGCUGGCCAGACAAUCAUGCUUAGCUACACAAGUCGCCUGCUCAAUUCGAGAAUGUUAAUAUUUCAUAAGUGAGUACCAAAGUAAUUACAGUCAUCUCUGACAGCCUCCGGACUGUCUUGUUGGUUUAUACAUGUGCCUGGGCAACGUCCCUCACUAAAGAUAGACAAUUAUAGAAAAGUAGCAGAAUUCUUACCUCUUACGGUCAGUUGAUGGAGUGGAGUGAUUCGUUGAUUCGUGAGAAUAGUCAGGGAAUAAACCCUACCUACAACACCGAUUUAAACCCUUUUGAGCUGCCUCGUUGAUACUAGCGCGCUCGUGCCCGAUUACCAGUUUUCGCUUUCGAGGAGUGAAUAUGAUGUAGCAGAGCGAUCACCGCAUAUAGCCAACUGAACGAAUGGGCUGAUAUAUGAGUGUAGGCAGAAUAAAUACAUACUACCUAUGAUGCCGCCGUCUCCGACAACCGGUGAACUGUCUCACUACUACUGCGCUCGCACCCAAAUAACAACUACGCUUACAAGUAAACUGCAGCAAUACGACUAUCGCAUAAAGCCAGUUAAACGAGUGCGCAUGAUAUGUGAGAGUGGCUUAUGACACUCCAUACUACGUGCAACUCGCCGUCUGGAAAUGCAUGCAAGCUCAGGCCUGGACUGUCUCACUGUUACGCUCGCGCUCGUGCGUAGAGAACAACCUUCGCUUGACACGAACGAGUGCACAAGAGUAGUUGAAAAAUCGCUACUAGUAUGGUUGCUAUGAUAGGGUAGUCAGUUUGGUUACGUACAACGUACAACAGCGCCAAUAGCACUAAAAGCAUACUUUACGUGUAGGCUAUCUGGUUUUUCCUUUUGCGCCCGUGGUUGGGUAGCUUCGCUUGACACGGACAAUUGCACAACACGCUCUACAUAAAUCAGUUGAGUAAAUGGCUUGCUAAGAUACACUAUUUAUUUUAGUCACGUACAAUGCACAGCAGCGACAAUUUCUAUCGAGCGCGGAGCUCACGCUUGGGCGAUCUCGGCGAUACAUUUGCGCUCGUGCCUGAGCAACAAACCCCGCUGGAAAUGCACCAGAAGCGCCUUCCACAUCAGUUCAUCACCACCCUGCAUUGCACAGGCCACCCGCACAUCCCGUUGUUGAUCAGGCGCGCACCUGCACAAGCUUUCUCUCGUGUCCCUUGCCAGCCUAUCGCCAUACUCUGCUCGCGUCAACUGCAGCACGCAGUCGCAUAUUGGCAGUAUCGUAGUGGCCACCUUGAAUAUAGGAUCAAGCGCAUUAUCGGCCGUCCCGUACUCUCCACCCCUGUGGGACUUCUUUGCACCUGUAAGGUCAGCUGAAGAUUUAUGGGGCUCAGCCUGUCCUAUACGCAGACUGGGUGUCGAGUCCAUACGUCUAUCUUGGGUCACUAAACCCUGUGUGCUAACGACAGCCGCCUGCAAACGUCUGCUCUUGUCCCUUCGGUAUUUCCUCGACCAUGUGUUCCGGUACGCACACCACUCGAUCUUGUCUUGCAGCUCCUCGUGUGUUUGGACCUGCACACUCACCUCAAAGUCAAGCAGAGUCUCCAUAACACACUCGUAAACCAAUGUCCGAUACAUUCGCUCCACCUUAGAGCCUUCGCCUUUGCUUU